AUGUCGCAUGACACCCCCCGUUCUUCGAAGGAGAAAUCCCAGAAGAAGGCGGGAUCGUCUCGAGAGGCAAUCAUUGUGGAUGCCUCUCCAACAUCUGCCACUGCCCGAGUAAUACCUUCUUUCCAGAAAUCUCCCUCUAUGCCAAUACCCAUACAGAGCGAUUCUCACCGAAUUCCACCUUUGAGCCGCUCAAAUACUGAUAAUUACUCUCGACCGCCUCCUGCUCCUGGUCUAGAACGUGCAUCGACCUGGAUGGCAGGUUCUAAUUUGGGCCGAGACCGGAGUCGCUCGCGUCAUGCUCGCCUCUAUUCAGACGAGUCCUCGGAAGAUGAUCGAGAUCGACGGCAUCGUCGUGGUCGGCGCACACAAUCCCCGGAGGCGAUGCAGACGCAGACCACCAAGCGAUAUACGGUAGACUCGAGCAGGAGGGCUGUCCCAGUACAAGACCACUAUUUCACAGAAGAGUCACCUAGGAGCUCGAAGAAGACGUCUCAUAAUCUGCCUAAUAGCUCUGUACGCCGUACAGAUCCUCGACCGGGUUAUUAUGUGCAUGAAAGCUUUGAGGAUGAGGUGCAAAUGCCAUUCCCGAAUGUCAAGUAUGCGACCAUGUUCGAUCCCGAAGAUAUCAAGUAUACCGAUGUUCCUCACUCGACAUUGCGAGAAGAAGUGCUUAUAUAA